AUGAUAGAUUAUGGUGCCAUUAGGGAAUCUAACAGCCCUUAUGCAUCUCCGAUAGAGUUAAUUAGAAAGAAAGAUGCACGGUUACAUUCUGAUCAGGGUAGAAACUUUGAGUCUGAAGUGAUAUCCGAAUUGUGUAAGUUAUGUGGAAUUACCAAGUCACAUACGACCCCCUAUCACCCUCAGGGUAACCCAAGUGAAGGCCUAUCUCCAGUGGAUUAUUAUAAACGGAAUUAUUGUAUCGGGUAUGAUGAUACAAAGAGGAAAGAACAGAAAGAAGAACUCUUAAAACUCUUACUCACGGGAAUUGUCCCAUUAGAAAUAUUGUCCCGUGGCACUGAAGCACUGAAAGCGUUUAAUGAAGCUCUUGCAGAGGGAGAAGCAGAAGUUGAUCAAGGAAGAACAAUAUUCAUAGGCCUCGAAAGAGUAGGGAAAACGUCUACCAUCAAGUCAUUUCUAAAUAUUACUUUCAAUCCACAUGAGGAAAUUACUGAUGCAAUUGCAGACAUAACAACAGUAUGCUCUGAGGAUUUGCAUGAUGAGUUUAACUGGAGGAAAACAACACAUGAUGAUCAAGGAGUUACUGACAUCUAUGAGGCGGAAGUGUCAGAAUCAAUAGCCAAAACAUUGUUAGAAAAAGAGAAAAUAAUACCAGAGGAAAGCUUGUUAUCAUCAAGUAUUAACGCAGAAGGACAGAAAACCACAGAUGAUCAGGGGCAAUCAUCGUCGGGAGAUUCCAAAAGCCCAGAAAUAGAGCCAGAUAUUAAAAAGAGACGAAUGAACCCAUCCACACAGUUAUCUUUCGAUGAGGUUCCUGAAAACAUCGCCACUAAAGUUGAGGAGAGAAUUAAUGUAAUCAAGUUCAAACAAAAUCAAACAAAAAGUGAAUCUAGCAACAGUUUCGUCAUGAACAUCUGGGACUUUGGAGGCCAGCCGGUAUACCACGUUAUACAACGGAUUUUUUUAGUAUCCUUUGCAGUUAUUUGUGUGGUGUUCAAUUUAAAAGACGACCUCGACGAGCCUGCUGAAGUUAGAGAUCCAACAACUGGUGAAAUAUACCAACAUCGAAUGACUAACCUUCAGUUUAUUCUUUACUGGAUUCGAUCAGUAUAUACGAAUACAAAAGGUUUCAAUUUCGAUAACGGACAACUUUCACCGCCCAUACUAGUGAUUGGUACGCAUCUAGGCAGCCUCGAGGGGAAUGAAGUACAAAAGAGAAAUAAGGCCGAAGGAAUAUUCUGUAGAAUUCGGAAAGCAAUGGAGGGCAAACCUUAUGAAGCAAUGGUGUUUCCUAAGUUUUUUGCUAUUGAAAACAGCUUACCAUUUUCCAUGAGCAACGCUUCUAACAUCAUGAAACAAAUUCUGAAAUUUGCAAAAAAGAUGGUCAGAAAACUGCCUUUAAAAUGGUUGCUUUUUCAACAAAAAAUACAAACGUUGAGAAAGGAGCAUAUCUAUUUACCAACGAACAAGGUGAUUGAAUUAGUUGAUCUCUGCAGGAUCAAACAUGACGCUCAGAGGGUGCUGCUUGAAUAUUUACACGACAUUGGUGAGAUCCUCUACUUUCCUGAUGACCAAAAUUUAAAGGAAAUUGUUGUUUUAGAUCUGAUGGGAAUAGUGGACAUGUUUAAAACAAUAAUCACUGUUGUAGAGCCUCAGCUUAUGCAUGAAAGAGUACUUGGUACUUUCUUCUUUUUUCCACCCUAA